UUGUGAGGCAUUUCUAUCAUUGGCCGAAGAAGAAGCAUCAAAUAAAAAAAGAGGGAAAAAAAAUCACCGAGGAGGUGGGGAAUCGCGGCGUCUUUUUCUACCAGUAGUGUGAUCCACCGACUAAAAAAAGGGCAAGGGGGGAAAGAGGAAGGGGGGAUGGAAUUGGUCGGUUAGACGCCGAAGAAGAAGGGGGAGGCGAGCGAGGGGGCAGUAGAUCUGGCAAACGUUGGGGGGUUGAGGGCGCGGAAGGCCGGGAGCUCGAUGGAGGGCGAGGACGCCGAGGAGUGCCGGCCGUGGCGCCGGCGGCUGUCGUCGAUGGCCGUCUCCUGGUCCGCCCUCUUCCGGGUCUCCUUCCUCUUCCUCCUCGCCGCUGCCAUCGUCACCGCCUUCAUCACUCUUCCCGUCGAAAAGAUUCUGAAGGAUUUUUUAGUCUGGGUCAAGCAGAAUCUUGGUCCAUGGGGUCCUCUAGUGCUGGCUGUUGCUUAUAUUCCUUUGACAGUGUUAGCUGUUCCAGCAUCAGUACUUACGCUUGGUGGUGGAUAUCUUUUUGGGUUGCCCAUAGGGUUUGUGGCUGACUCUAUUGGAGCAACAAUUGGUGCAACAGCUGCAUUUCUUCUUGGUAGAACGAUAGGGAGGCCUUAUGUUAUUUCCAAGUUGAAGGAUUAUCCUAAGUUUCAGGCAGUUGCUAUUGCAAUUCAGAGAUCUGGUUUUAAGAUUGUAUUGCUGCUAAGGCUUGUACCUUUACUUCCAUUUAACAUGCUAAACUACCUCUUAUCUGUUACUCCUGUUAGCAUUGGAGAAUAUAUGAUUGCAUCAUGGCUUGGGAUGAUGCCGAUAACUUUUGCACUGGUAUAUGUUGGAACAACCUUGAAAGAUCUUUCUGAUGUGACACAUGGAUGGAGUGAGGUUUCAACUACUCGUUGGGUACUAAUUAUAUCUGGAUUUGCGGUAUCUGCUAUGCUGAUGGUGUGCGUUACAAGAGUGGCAAAGGCAUCUUUAGACAAGGCGUUGGCUGAGAAUACUGAGGUGGAGAACAUCCUAGUGACACCACCAUUACCAGUUCUGUUCGGUCCUCCCUCUGACCUACACCAACCUCUUGUAAUCAAGAUUGACCCUUCGAGCGACCAUCACGAGAAGUAGACUUUUUUGUUUCCUCCCAUGUAAAUUCUUUUUGCCUGCCAAUUUCUUCAGUAAUCGUCUUGGAAAAAGCUUGUCUCGAAAACAAAAAAACAUUUGGAUAAAGCAGCAUUUACCUAAAUACGUGGAAGUUGACAAAUAGAUACAAAAAAAUUAGUUGAAAUGUUGAUUCUUAGUGGAAGUUCAUAUUGUCCCCAAACUUUUCCUACUAAAAACAGAAUUUGAUCAA